AUGCUAGACUUAUCAAAUCAAUCCCAAUCAAUUCAAGUUGCUUUUGAUAAGCAAUCUGAGAAACAAAGAAACGAGCACCGAAUUCGUUUAAAUAAAUCAAUCGAUGUUGUAAGAUUUCUCUUGUAUUUUGGGCUGUCUUUUCGAGGUCAUGAUGAAAGUGAUUCUUCAAAAAACAAAGGCCUUUUUCUAGGGCUUUUGGAAUGGCUUACAAAGAGGCUCCCUGAAGUAGAUAGAGUCAUAUUGAAACAUGCUCCAAAAAAUGAUAUGAUGACUUCGCCAAAAAUUCAAAAGGACAUUGUGAGUGCUUGUGCACAAGAAACCGCGAAAGCUAUAAUCAAUGAUUUGGAUGGGGAUUAUCUCGGGAUAUUAGUUGAUGAGUCCAAGAAUAUUUCACACCAUGAACAAAUGGCCCUUGCUUUGCGGUAUGUUGACAAAAAAGGCCAAGUGAACGAGCCAUUUAUUGGUCUUGUUCGUGUUCAUGAUACCUCUGCAAAGUCGUUGAAGAAAGCAAUACUUUCUUUGCUUAUGAAACACCCAUUAAGUCCAUCCAAAAUACGUGGACAAGGUUAUGAUGGAUUGACGCUUGUAGCGGUUCCUAAAAAACAUAAGGAGGUGAAAACUUUCUUUGCUAUAGUUGCUAAUGUGUUGAAUGUGAUUGGAGCAUCCUUUAAACGUAGAGAUCAACUUCGGGGUCAUCAUGACGAAUUAUUGGAGCAAUUGCUAGAGAGUGGUGAAGUUCAAAGUGGGAAAGGAUUAAAUCAAAAGCGAGGGCUUCAAAGGCCAGGUGAUACUCAUUGGGGAUCACAUUGUAAAACAUUAGAUAACUUUGUUGUUUUAUUUGCAUCUAUUGUUCAUGUGCUUGGGGUAUUGUUGAUGUCGAAUGAGCUGAGUAAAGCUUUACAGAAGAAAGAGCAAGAUAUUGUCAAUGCCAUGAUAUUUCUUGACCUUACAAAGGAAAGGUUGCAACAAAUGAGAGAUGAAGGAUGA